UUCCUACCUUUCUGUCAGGCUCCUCAUUAGCAGGAGCACGCAGCCCGUGCAGCUGGAGCUUUGAUGCAUCCCUCACUAUCCUUUCCCACUCAGAAGAUUCCCAUUCAUUCUGAUUUGGUACCCAGCCCAAAGCCCUGGCUCCCCCCCCCGAGCCCCUCGGCAUGGCUACAGGACUCCAGUUUAGUAUGCACUGGAAGAGACGAGCUGAUGCUCCCGCGCUAGACCUCCCGGCUGCUGGUUGGAGCCAUAAGGGAUCGGGAGGAAGAAUUAGCCUGUGUGUUUAUGUGGCUGUGCUCCAGUAAAUAUUUUGAUGCAUCUGCUGCCAGCUCUGGUCUGAGGGAAUCUACCUAGCAUUUAAAUUUUGAUGGGGAGCUGUUUUGAAUAAUAACAGUGCAGCCGGCUCUGAGUCAGUGCAUGUGUGUUGACUUAAAAAAAAGCCCUCAAAGCUUAACGCUUGCUGAACGCUGAGCUGCAGUGCUUCGCUUUUUCCCUCCUCCUUUCUUCUUUUCUUUCUUCUCUUGACUUCCUCUGUUUUGUUUUGUUCUUGGGGGCAUUUCCCCCCGAUUGUGUUCACUGGCAGUGGAGGGCUGGGGGGAGAAGGAUUAGAAAAAUAACCCCAGCCAAAAUAAAUCCUCCUCAAAAACUCAGAAGUAGCUUUUGCAAUGGGUGCUGUAAUGGGUACGUUCUCCUCUCUACAAACGAAACAAAGAAGACCAUCAAAAGUUGUGUGACCCUUGUGACACCAAGUGACUGACUCUAGCAGAGAGCAUGUCCCCAGGGAAGCAGCUAUUCACUACAUUGUAUAAAAUUGAAGAUGAAUUAGAAAUGACUACAGUGUGCCAUAGACCUGAAGGACUGGAACAGCUUGAAGCACAAACCAACUUCACUAAAAGAGAACUUCAAGUGCUUUACAGAGGAUUUAAAAAUGAAUGUCCUAGUGGGGUUGUUAAUGAAGAGGCAUUUAAACAGAUCUAUGCACAGUUUUUUCCUCAUGGAGAUGCUAGCAUGUAUGCACAUUAUCUCUUUAAUGCUUUUGACACUGCACAAAAUGGCUCAGUGAAGUUUGAGGAUUUUGUGAUGGCAUUGUCCAUUCUGUUACGGGGAACUGCUCAUGAAAAGCUAAGAUGGACAUUUAACCUGUACGACAUAAAUAAGGAUGGCUACAUAAACAAGGAGGAAAUGACAGAUAUUGUAAAGGCAAUUUAUGAUAUGAUGGGAAAGUACACCUACCCAGUGCUCAAGGAAGAUGCACCAAGGCAGCAUGUAGAAGUAUUCUUCCAGAAAAUGGAUAAAAACAAAGAUGGUGUUGUAACUUUAGAUGAGUUUAUUGAAUCGUGUCAGGAGGAUGACAAUAUCAUGCGGUCCUUACAGCUCUUCGAGAACGUGAUGUAAGGCUGCCGGCUGAGCGCUGGAGGAGUCACAGACUUUCUGUGUAACAGAGAUCUCCCUGCGGGUGAAAGCUUUUUACAGUUGAGCCAUGUUCAGUGUGUGAGGAUUUUGUAUGACAUGUCCAACCAAAUGGGAACUGAAUGCAACCGAUCCCACCUCUUCUCCCCAGGAGACACCGGUGGACCUUUGUUUCAUUUUGGAAGCAUGUGAAUAUUUUAAUAAACCCUGACAAGAGAGAACUGCUGCUCGAAGUUCAAUGAGUAAUCCACAGUGUUGUUUGCUAGGCACAAGUCCUGCUUUUAAUCUAGCAAGCUUGAUCACCUAUGAUAGCACAUGCCAAUAGCUUACCCAGCAAUCUAUUGCAAGCGAAAAUCUCAGUCUGUACUACCAUAGGGCAAAUUGUUUUAUGGAUGCCUUGCCAUUAAUCUGCUUUGACAAAAGUAAAAUUUACCAAGGCAGUCUGUA